AGUGAACUAUUGACUUACUGUAUGUACACAACUUUAUCAGUAAACUAAAGGGCUGUGGUUGCCUAAUCUCCAAACAGCUGACGGGCAGAUGCAGAAGCUUCAUGCGCAGAUUAAUGGCAACGGCUUCCAGGCGAGAUGUGCGCGCACACACACCGUACACUGUUUGACCAACAUUGACAGUUUGUGGAUGAAAUGCGCUGACUACUCUUUUUAGAAGUUCUCAUUUUUUGCUCUGGAUGGAAUGAAGGUUGGGUAGGAGAAAGAACGAGAGAGAAAUAAUGAACGUUUGGUAAGAGAGAAGGGUCGCCAAAAGGAUACAUUGCAUGACUCUGAUAUAAGGACAUGUACGGAAUAGAACAAUUGCAAGAAAGGAAGACCAUUUCGGAAUAUUUUUGUGCAUGCACAUUUUGAAUAAAAGAGGGAGAAGUUCCUCUUAUUUUCUGUCUUCAUCAAUUCAUUAAUAUUGUUUUCUCCUGCUACUAAGAUUUGGACAACUAUUCACCUUUGACAUACAGGCAACUUCAGGUAACGGGAAAAGAGAGCUGCUGAAAAGUGGACCCAUAUGAAAUAGAAAACUGAAAAAAGAGGACACUGAAUAUUACAUUCUAUGUGAACAACUACGUUGUAGCCUAUAUUUUUUUCUAUAUCAAGCCAUAACCCAACCAUGCAGCAGGAACGAUUGCUGAAGGUUCUAGUCAUCGGUGACCUGGGGGUCGGGAAGACGUCCAUAAUAAAGCGUUAUGUCCAUCAGAUAUUCUCCCAACAUUACAGAGCCACGGUCGGAGUCGACUUCGCCCUCAAACUCCUCAAUUGGGAUCACAAGACGGUCGUGCGACUGCAGCUGUGGGACAUCGCAGGCCAGGAGCGCUAUGGCAACAUGACGCGGGUUUACUACCGCGAGGCUGUAGGAGCGUUGGUGAUCUUUGACAUGACGCGGGCCUCUACCUUCCAGGCUGUCCUCAAGUGGAAGGGAGACCUCGACUCCAAGGUUGCUCUGGGUAACGGGAGGCCAGUUCCGGCCGUCUUAUUGGGUAAUAAAUGUGACCAGCUGAGUACGGAUCUCUGUUCCAAACUGCCCAAACUGGAGAACUUCACUAGAGACCACGGCUUUGUAGGGUGGUACGAGACCUCCGCCAAGGACAACAUCAACAUCGACGCGGCCAUCAUGUGUUUGGUAGAGAGCAUCAUGGCUGUAGAAGAGGAGAGGCCGCCAGCUGGAGAUCCUAGAGACCCUAGCGUCCUGGUCUCACCACGCUUUGACUACAAUAGGACAGGGAUGGCUGGACUGCCUGGGUGCGAUGGGUGUAAAAAGCGACCUCUGCCUGGCCGAAGGGAGAUGGGGGAUAUUUGAGGGAUGAGAGAUGGGGGGGGAG